UUAAGGUGUCAAGAGGUAGUUAGAAAUAUUAUGGGCUAGUUACAUGUCUGGUGAUACACAGAAAAGGCGGGUUGGUAUUCAAAUAUGUGUGAAAUAAGUUACAUUCGAGACGAAUCAGGAGUUAGCAUUCAUGCUAUAGACGCGGUGUAAGAAAUUAUAUUCUUAGUAAAUAUAUAAUUCUAUAUUAGCAGUGUCAGUCACUUAAAGCAAAUAUGGCUGAUAUAUGCAACAAUCAUGUAACCUAAGACUGUUGAGUUUGUUAGUAUUUGGUAGUUUCGAAAGCUUGGGCUGAUUGGGCAUGUAAAUAUUUUAAGCUGCUUUUAUUUUAAGUAACUGAGAUCGACAGUAUCGGAUCAUCACAGCUAUCUGGAUAACAGUUAAUGAAAAUUUUAAUCAGAUCUGAAGAGAUUGAUAUCUUUCAACCACGACCUUAUUCUCAACCAAAAGCCUCAUAAACUUGAUAACCAUCUGUCGAUACCGUUCGUUCUGGCACCUGACAGUACCCGUCCCUUGAGAUGACCAGAUCAAUAGCUGUCGACCAUAACCUAGGCUCACUCGGGAACGUGCGGCACUUUCCCUGCGAUCGACAGCGACCAGAUAACAUCUCCCAUCUUCAUUGAUAACUGGCUGCGGCAUAGAGAAGGUGACGCAGAUGUGUGGGUAGGCAGAAAUAGAUUGUAGGUAUUUACGAGUAAAAUGAUAAACCUACUUUAGGUGCAUGUAUUUUUUAAACAUGUCUGUAUACUACUUAAUUACAUUACAACGCCAUUACCAGUAGGGAGGUAGCAUUUGAGUGUUUAGAUAUUUGGUAACCCUAAUUUGGUGAUGGUUAAAGGCCAUAAAACAGACCUAUUUGUUUAUCACCGGCUUUUAUGUCAAAAACAGUUUUUACAUUCGAAAUUUUCAAUAAUCGUCAUCAAACUAAUCCAGUAAAAUCUCAAUACUUAGCAGUAUACAGCCAAACUUUAUACAAGUCCGAUCUACGUUAUAAUCUUUGCGCAGUAAACCGCGACCGCUUUCCACGCUGUGCGCUGCGCUCGCGCCGGCCGACAUAACGGCGCGACUGCCGACGACGCGCGCACGUACUUCGACGCUGCGCCCGCGACGCGACGUGAGUGAAACACGCGUGUGAACACAUACUUACGAUUCUGUGACUGUGCCUGUGUUAUCUCCCAGAUUUCUGAUCAUAAAGGUUAUAACUAAUUAGUGCCUGUACAGUAAGCAGCUAUUAUUAAUACAAAGAUACUGUUUGGAGUUGCUUCUACUGUUCAACUGUGAAUGGUCGGGGCUCGGGUAACAGCGGCCUGCGCACGCGCAUACGUGACCGACAGACGACUAUAAAGAUGCGUGUGUGAGUAUCGUGGCGCGGCAUGGGCCAGGCGGGCAGCCACGCGCCGCCGCCGCAGCGCGGCCGCCGCGCGCACACGCUGCCGCACGACCCGCCGCGACUCGCGCCUAAGGUCCUCCCGACCCUAUGCGAGUCGCCGCGCCUGCGCAGUACGGACAACGGCGCCAUCCUACACUCGGGCGGCACCAUCAGCGGCCGCAGACCCAACACCAUCCACGACAAUGUGCCACAUGGACAUGUGCACGCAAAUGUGUAUCGGUCGAGAUCGGCGGGUACAUCUGGCGAGAGCGGUGAGCUGCGCGCGCGGGAGAGAGACCCGCUGCACCGCUCGCACACCAACCUGGAGCUCAGACAAGCAGACAGUAGUAGUAUAAAUAAGAGAUUCGGAUCUGAACCAGAUCUAAGGAUCGAAGAGGAACAAAAGACCAGAAAUGGCAACAAACACUUCAGAAAAAAGUACAGAGCGCCGCCACCACCCACCCAUGACAACUUCGAGGGUUCAUCGCCAGAUUCCAGCGAAGGGAACGCGAGACCCGAACCCCAGAGGAAACUAAGACUGUUUAAAACGAGAAACGAAACCAAAAAACUGAACGGUCAGGAGAACUUACAGUUCAGAAACUCAUACCACGAAUACAAGUCGCUCGAUACGAGUGAUAACCAAGCAUUCGAAAGAAGAUACAGAUCGCCUUGCAAGGACAAGGAGCAACACUUCAAAUAUCCCGAUAAUAAAGACAUGGUGCAGAGCACUGCAUCACUCAAAAGGGAAGAACGACUGAUACAAACGAAACAAGACUACAGGAAGACGAGGAUAGAAAGGAUGAGCGGAUGUCGAGCCAAGACAGCCAAGAACGAGCACAGUGAAGCGUGGAAGACUCCACUGUUGAACAGGAAUUUUAGGUACUCCGAGAGGUUCAAGAAAGAUGACAGUGAACUGCCCACGCUCAGGAGAGAGAGGACCUUUGAUGAAACCCUGAUCGCGAGCGAAAGGGAAAGCGACUCCUCUAGAGCGGCGCACGAGAGCAGGAUGAAGGCCAUCGGCGAACAGCUCAAAGGGGGCAAACUCAGCCCCCUGGCGGAGACCAGCAAGCCAUUGAGAAAAUCUCUUCCUUCACUAUUGGUUAAAAAUAAUGAAGAAAAAGAUGAAUUUCAAGCAGAACUUAAGAAGGCUACGAGUAGAAUUAGAAACCAAUUAGGUAGUAAAGUAAAUAAUAGUGUAACCAAAACUAGUCAGGAGAAGAAUGAGCAGAAAACCCCAACGAAAAUACCGAGUAAAGUCAAAAAGUCUAGUCCAACGAAUGCUGCGAGCAAGCCCGACGCGAAGGUCAGCAGGAGGCCCUUGAGUCGUGCAAAUGAGGACAAAACUAGACUGUCUAAUGUUAAUGGAAAUGCCAAGACAUCGGACAAAUAUAAGAUGAGCAGCAAGGAGAACAGCCGGCCGAUGCCGGACAGAGGGCAGGCUUCGGGCAAGGAGUCCACACCGGAACACUCGCCCACCAGGAAGUUGGAGUCGUUGAUAAGUCAACCUCCGCAAGAAAAGCAAAAACAGCACGCUCCAUCGAAACAGUUUUACUUCGGCAUGAUCGAGAGCAAGCAGCCGAACACGCACGACCACCUCAAGGACUUUCCCGGCCUGGGCAGCCCCAUCAUCGAGGAGAUCUCUAACUUCCACCUCAUCGAACAGAAACUCCUCAGUUAUCAUGAGGAGGACGCGGAGUUCGAUAAAUUCAAUGCUAAAAUGAAAGAAGAAUGCAAGAUUAAGAAUAUAUCGUCGGAGUCGGCGCUGUCGUCGGGCUCCGAGGGCUCGUGCUCGGAGGGCUCGCUGGGCAUCGCGCUGCGGCUGCGGCCCACGCUGCCCAAGAAGCAGCGCGCCGUGCCCAGGUUCUCACCCGCCGCCGCCUGGAGGCAGCUCGCUAGCCUCGAUGACCAUCUCGCUGCAGAGACCCAACCACUGGCCGUUGAAACAAAGAUGUCGGGCGACAUAUCGGCGGAGUCGUCACCUCGCUCGGACCAGUCGGCCGACAAGUCGGGAGACUCCGGCAUCUCGGGCGACCACGCGCAUUCCGACCAUAGGAUCGACUCGCCUUCCAGACAUCAUGGCACCGACAGCGGCGCGGCGUGGACCCCGCAGCAGGACCUGGGCGACAGCAGCUCGGAGGGCGGCGGCGCGCAGCCCGCGCGGGGCGCCGCCACGGCCACGUACAGCCCCGGCCACCAGCCCUUCUGUCUGUCGCUGCCGCGCGACCACCACGAGCGGGGGAAGCAACUGCAGCAGGGUUUCAACAGCCUCCAGAAGCUUCGGAAGUCGGUAUCGGGGGCGUUGGGAGCAGCCCUAGGUUCUCGAAGGUUCGACUUGGAACACGAGCCGAUGUUGCAAGAGCCGGAACAGAACUGGUUCCUCACUAAAUCCGCGCCCAACUCACUGAGCAAUCCGCUGCUAUUCCAACAGCCCGCGAGGGUGAAGGGAUCUGAUGAGGAUGUUAUCAAAGAAGAGUCUUUGCCGUCUUUGGAGAAGGAGGAGCUAGGCACGUGGCGCCCAGGCACGUCGUACCUGUCGUGGGGCGGGCACGUCAUGUACCUGCCGCCCGCGCCCGCCGCCGACCAGCCGCUCUCCAUGCUGGGGCCCAUCGAGAGACCCGUCAGGAGCAAGUCUAGCGGCUGCCUGGAGGGCCCGGCGCGGGCGGCGCGCGCGGCGCUGGGCGCGGAGAUGCGCGAGCGCGAGCGCUCCGCGUCGCCCGGGCGGGGCGGCCUGCCGCAGCCGGGGCUCACGCGGGCCCUGCCUGCACGCGUGCUGCCCACCAACAACGUGAGUACACACUACUGAUACAGCUCAUACUAACAAGUUUUAUGAUGUAAAAAUGAUGAGAAGUUUUUUUGUUAAUCCUAUGCUUAUUGUUCUGGAUUAUCUAUGCGACGCUAUUUAAGGUAGCCCUUGUUCCAAUUUGGUAGAUGGUUAGAUUAGCUCAUAUAUAAAUUGUUGGAAAAAGUGUAUAGAAACUACUUAUUUUGUUUAUUGUGGCUAACAUCUUUUCUAUGACAUGAAAUGGCCGUUGGCAUUGAAAGUAUUACAAGCUAGCAUUGUAUUAUAAGCGAAUACAUCUUUUAACAUAUGAAUGCACAUCAUUCAACGCCCGUACAACUAAUUACUAAACCACGACCAAUUGAAACCAGCAUCGUUACUCGGUCCUAAUGUCUUUCUCAUGUCAGCAUUGUUUGACAUUAAGCAAUGUUGCCAACCUUUAAUAUUUCACCCGCCAUUACAGUACAGAUAAGUAAUCUUAUUUAUUGCUUGCAAUAAUGCAAUCGUGAGCCGGCACAACUUUGUCAUUAGUCUUUUACAUUAGUUUAGAUAAAAUUACUAUUGUUUGAUAAGUACAGACAACAGCAAAAGUAGGUGAUCAUAAUCAAAAAUGCAAUACUAAUGAACGGAGUUCGCGACAGAAGUAUGUGACAUUAAAGUGAUUCAAAAGUAUGUGAACCGAAAUUCCAGCCAGCCCGCUUCAGCCGAAAAAUGGAGUUCUGACGCGAACUCCGUUCAUUAGUAUUGAAUUUCUGAUUUGGAUGAUCUACUCUUGCUAUUUUGAUGUACGGCUGUUUUUUAUAAAGUUUCUAAAGCACACACGUUUUAUUCAAUCACCAAACUAGGUGGGAAACAAAUGGGUGGAGGUUACAACCCUUAUUAGGUAAAUGCCUCCAAAUUCCAUUGCGAUUCCAAGAGCAUGAGAGCUAUACAACAAAUAGUAUCAUGAUAAUUUCACAUAUCGAUAGGCAAUUGUGUUUCUCCGUACCGACUUUUCCUGACUACAGGCAAUGCGAAUGUUGACACUUUCUCGAAUGACAUUUACAAAUUGUCACUACGGCGCGUAAACAGUUUGUUUCCUUCAAUACACACGUUACUAUGUGAGAAAAUGCAGAAAUUUUAUUUUUCCUUUACUAUAUUUGACUUGAGAAUAAAUUGAGUAGCAAACACAAAUUACAAAACUGAGAAACAUGUUUUACAGUCAUUUCUUAAAACAUACGUGCUCUAUCACGUUUAAAAAAACAGACGUUGUAUUUUAUGUUGUAGUUUAUUUUCGCUACUUCUUUCCUAGUUUUCAGUGGCACAAUACUGCAAUAAAAAACUAAAUACCUAAUUGUUCUGAAAUAUUGCAAAUUAAUUUCGAUUUAUACUUUUUUGUAAUAAAACGCUUGAUGCAUUGUUAAAAUGAUUGAUUGGCUACCUACCUUGAUCGUAAUAGCAUCUAUUUCCGUUGCAAGCAAAUAAAAAUAUUGUUUAUGAUAAUGAGUGCAUGGCGUUGUUAAAAUCAAUGUCAACUGUUAUGUGCUGGGCCUUGCUGUAUCUCAGUUUGCUGUUCGUAUUUUCCUGUUAUUACAUGUGGGAACAUCUGUAACGAGAUUAUUGUAUUCUUGUUCAGUAAGGUUAAGCAUUUUGCAUUAACUAAAAAUUAAACUCUGUCUUCCAAAUUUUCGAGUACGGCUGGCUAGACUUCAUUUAGUUGUGUUCAAGUCAAGAAUACUUACUUUAUAAUGUGGUUUCUUUAUAAAUAUUGUAAGUCAAUUUGAGUCAAAGUUUAAGUCAAAAAUAUCUAUCAACGUUUCCUUUAGUGUUUUGUUUUGUGUUGUUUACAACUUUCGUGUGGAAGAUUCGUAAUUAUUUAUUUAAUAACGGUAUUAUUAUUACUAGCCUGGAUCUCCCAUUGCUGGGCAAAGGCCUCCCCACACUUCUCCAACUUGUCUCUCUCUCAUGAACCGGUAAUAACAGUAUAUUAACGCGAAUUUAUCAGGAUCGCUACGAUAGUUACGCUCCCAUUGCUUACCUCUCAUAGAUAGAUAGUAUCUAUAUAUAUUAUAAAACUCUUUUCCAAAUUCCGCCCUCAAUUGCCAAACCACCGUCCUACAUGACGCAUCUUCUAUUGAGCAUUUACAAAGCAAUUUCCUAUUGAAUAGAUGAAGCGGUUAUAAAAAUUAACCCGUUUUCGACCACAUGUGUUGUGAACUUGCGAUGCGGUUUCGUUAUUGUCGUCGCAGAGUUCCCACGACUGUAUUCUGACGCUGUCUGUUUCCGCGUGUUUGCCUGGCCUUGUUUUAUCUACCUUCCGUGGUCCAGAUCUAGAUGUAGGCGUUGUGAUGUAAUUUGAUCUGAAUUGUACAUAUUUUGGAUGGAUUUCGGUUCAUUGUUUUGAAUUACAUCAUGUAAGUGGGCCGGGGUUCUCAUGGUGUUACCUUACAUGUGACUUAUCUUACUAAUCUGCUUAUUGUUUUUUGAGAUGGGCCUGAUUUUUUUAAGUAUUUGGUUUCAGAAACUUCGUAUCAGAAGUUCUAGUGUUAAAUGCGAUUCUUAACACCAAUAUUCCGUGUCAAUUGAUACAUAACGCAACAUAUUUUUUUGGAAAACAAAACAAUGUACGAAUACUCCGUCGUGCUCACGGCUUUUCAAUCCCACGACGGAACGCCAAACAAAGUUUAUUGAUCUAGGAUAUCAUUACCAUCGAUCAAAACACGAUAGUCGCCAAUCCGUCAGAAAUUGAAUGUAAAUGGCGAAUUGAUUCAAACCAGCCCACUUAGCAUGCGCACGCGCAAGCCGCGGACAUGUCGAACAUGUCGCGAGUCGGUAAUACGACUCACGCUUUGCUCCUGUUUGUUGGUCGUGACCCUUUGCUAUGUUGAUCGGUAAAACAAUAGAAUGUUACAUACUUGCAUGUAAUUAAGCACUUGUUCGACUGGUCUUCGUAGUACUUUGAGCUAAUUUUGGAAAAUAGAGUCGCAUAGGGACUGAAGACUGAAACGUGACUCAGAUGUCAGUCCCUCACGAUGACCAAAUUAAGAUUCAUCUUAUCAAGAAAUGGUAAUGAAGCAUGAUUUGAGCGUCAAAUUAAAAACACAGUAGCAAGCAUGGCCCACCCUUCACCGCUUCCUAAGUCCGCUAAGAUUGUCACAUUCAAGUGGAAGUAAAUAUUAAAAACCAGUCCAAGGUAGGCGUUUCUCUAGUUUUACUCUUUUUUUACUUUAAAGACCGCUAAACCUUUUUUAGGAUUUUUUAUUAACACCUAUGCCACCCACAUGUUUUUUUCGGUGGCAACGUAAAUUAGAAGCAUAGAUUAUCCUCAACCGAAAUAGUGACAUAUGUCAUCCGUUAAAGAAUGGCGCUGUUGAAUAUUCAUUUCGAUAAUAAAAAAAGAUUUUGUAAAUAUGCAAAUAAAUGAUUUAAUUUAUUACCUUGUUUAAGACAUUUCGGUGUCACUUUGAUUCUUUUUCAAUUUUACUAUCCUUUUGAAUGGCGGUGACGUAUUAAUUAAUUAAGGAAAGAGUGAGAUAAAAAAUAAAAACUCGAACAAAAUGGUUUCUGUGUUAUUUUCACGGAAACGUAAUUAUCCAGAUGUUGUUUUUUAAAGCUUUAUUCGAGUAUUUAUCUGAUACUAGCUGUUGCCCGUG